CCUCUCCUUUUGCGCACCAGGCGCUCCCACCCUCGGCUCCUCUCUUCGCACACUGCGCUCUCAUCCUCGGUGCGGCUUGUGUCUCUGCCUACUCCUGUGCGUAAGAGCGCACAGAUGGAUAUGUAAAGUGAUGCACUCCUGAAAAACGCGAAAUCUGAGCCUGCCAAAGCCAUUCUGGGGAAGACGCAUAGAUGCGCAGCAGAGAGAGCAGCCAGUCAGAUUAAGUUCAGUUCAGUUUCUUUUUUUUCCUGCGCGUUUUUGUUUUGGAUGAUGCUAUGUGAGUAAAGAUGUCCAUCUGCGCGGAUGACGGUGCGUUGCUACUCGGAUGUAUGUCCCUGGACUUUCCAGCAUACCAUGACCGUGCGCCUUUGUUCCUCUCUCCAAGUCUUUUCCUUUCCGCUUGAAGUUGACCGGAGGCACAAUGAGAGGGAAAUACUUUCUCCUCGGCUUCUUGUUGCUCAAACUUAUGGCUCUCGUGUGCAAGGCUGACGGGGAGCCAGGACUGCUCGGCGGAUUCGUCAUGAUCACCACCUCCAACGGUUCCAGGGAGGAGGAGAGCGUGUCCGAGGUGACCCCACACACGGAGGACCAAUGUCGGGGUUACUACGACGUGAUGGGCCAGUGGGACGCGCCGUUCACCUGCAAAACGGGCAAUUAUCUGUACUGCUGCGGCACCUGUGGCUUCCGCUUCUGCUGCUCCUUCAGGCACUCGCGGCUCGACCAGACCACCUGUAAAAAUUAUGACGCUCCGGUGUGGAUGAAGACCGGGCAGACCCCCUACAAAAAGAUGAACAAGAUUCACGACAGCACCAAAGACAAGACGAACUUAAUAGUUUACAUCAUUUGUGGAGUAGUGGCCAUCAUGGCUCUUGUUGGGAUUUUCACCAAACUGGGGCUGGAAAAAGCGCACCGGCCACAGAGAGAGAACAUGUCCAGGGCCGUCGCCAGUGUGCUGCAGGGCGGGUGUCCAGGUGAGCAGUAUCGGGGGGAGGAGGCCCUUGGGAUGCAUUCGCAGCACUUUGUUUCCAGGGCCACAAACCUGCAGGGUGGCCAGAUUAAUAACAACGUGGCACCGGGGUCAAACAUGGGCCAUCAGCACCCUUAUCCUGCCCUCAGCCAGCUGGCUCAUGUCUACGAACAGCAGCAGCAGCAACAGCAGCAGCAGAACAAGGAUCUGAACAAGUAUGCCUCUCUGAAGGCUGUAGCUGCCAAGUAUAAUGGUGAACUCUACAACAAGCGUCGACUGAUGGUAGAGCUGCCAGCGAAAGGUGGCCUACCUCUGCAGCCUAUGGGCAACUCCAGACCCUCCAUGGGCAACAUGUCGUCAAUGACUCCACCAAUGACUACCAACCCCAUGGCUUCAAACCCUAUGACUUCCAUGAAUCCCACCAUCACCCAGAUGACUUCAAUGACGCCCAUGACGUCUAUCACUCCAAUGACAUCUAUGACACCCAUGACCUCUUUGACACCUAUGACCUCGCUCACCCCGAUGACCUCCAUGACUCCUAUGACCUCCAUGACUCCUAUGACCUCCUUGGGUCCACUGACUCCAGAGCCGGUGGCCACCUAUGUCACUGAGAUGCCCACCAUCUCCUCUAUCUCAACCCUCCCAACAGAACGGCAUUUAGCCGGUGCAGGAGGAGGGGGACUCAAGCCAAACGGCCAGAAACUCAAAAGCAGCCAUGGUCACGCUGCCCACAGCUCUCACACUCAUCUUCACAGCCACAGUAGCAAGCCGCCAGGACUUGGGGCUACCUCCCUGGCACACAUGGCGGGGACCAUGCCAGGUGGCACAUCCCUGGGCAUCUCCAGGGCCGCCGAGACCGCCAUUGGCCACGGCUCAGCAACAAUGGGCCGCCCACUGGCGUACAGUUCCAACACAAUCGCGGCUGGGCAUGCGAUGGGGCUGGGGUUGAAGGGCUGGGACGGGACUGAGACGGUGGGCCGGAGAAAGACCUACGGGCACAAGAGGCCUCAGUGUACCGUGCUGGAGCCAAACCAGCUCCACAGCACCAGAGGCCACAGCCACAGCCAACACUUCCUCCCCACACAGCCCUACUUUGUGACCAACAGCAAGACAGAGGUGACUGUGUGAGAGAGGAAGAAAGGGAGACAAAGAGUGGGAUAGGAUGCAUGUGGAGUGGUGGCACAAGUAAUCUCUGAGUGGAGGCGUCAACUCCUGGGGUGUUCAGAGGUGCAGAUCUACAUGUGUGUUUGUGUGAGGCUUGUUGGUUUACUGUGUCUGGGUGGGUUUCUCACUUCACAAACAGAGUUCACCAAUCAUAUCACUCAAUAGACCUUUAUUGUCAAGAGGAUGGCGCCUAAAUUGGUGGCAUCUGAAACCAUACUAACUAAGGGCCUACAGAGCAGGGAUGUCUGUACACUUGUGGUGACAUUAGAGUGUUGUCUCAGAGCUGAUAGCCACUCUGAAAUGAUAAUAUCUGAGUAAUACGGUGUGACUACACACAGUGGGAAACUGAAGAUAUGAAUGGACUGGCUUUAGGGACCAAACCUGAGAAGCAAUAUAAGGGAUAAAGUGUAAAGCACUGAAGCAUCGUGGGAAAGGAGAAUUACAGCAAGUUUACCCACAAGCCUUGCAUCAAGAGGUGUGCUCAUCUGCCCAACAAAGCACUGAAUGGCUUGGAAGAAAUAACAUUCCCUCAUGAUUCACACUCAAAUCUCCUGAGGGCUUUGAAGCAGCCACACAUGAUGAGGGCACUCGGCUUUGGACUGCAGACAUGCAGGGCUUUGUACUGUGGCUAUUCAGAAGCGCCUUCAUAAGCUCUGCAGCUGAAGGUCGCCCCUUUUUCCACACGACUCCAACAUGGAGAAUGGAGGCUGUCGCACUGGUAUUGUUCUGUUCUGAUCUCGUCUGUGUGGUGACAGUCAGCACAGACGAGGGAUAAGGAGGCAGGGAGGCAACAUCUGGGUGAUGCUGCAACUAGCAGAGGCUCCUUGGAGCAUCGUGCUUACACACACUUUAAGAAAUAUACAGACAGAUUUUCACACACAGAGAAAUAUAUUCUCUAGAAACACCACAGACAGAGUCUGACUGAUAAGGGUUUUUUUUAUAGAAUGAUAGCAGUAAUGAUGAAAUUUGUUUGCACUCGAAUAAUUUGAUUCACUGUUUCUCAUUAAUUAAAUCUUGUCAGUGAAUUUAGAUCAUCAAAGUAAUCUAAAACUCUUUUAUGAGCGCUCAAAAUUUUAAAAUGUAGAGAUGGCAGCUAAGUCAGAAUGACAGACCUUAUCCAGUCACUGACAGGAUGCAGUCUGGGAUACAUAACUGCUUUUAAAUUUGAAAAAAGACAAAAGAAUUGCACAUAUUUUGAGAGAUAUGCUUUCUUGCCAAGCAUUCGAUAAGAGGAUUGAUACCUCUUUUAUGUCUGAACAUUAAAAAUUAUGCUACAGGCAGCGUAGCUCAGAACAAAUACUAGAAACAGGAAGGGAACAGUUAGCCUGGUUCUGUGCAACAAUAAUGAAAUCUGCCUACAAGCACCUCAAAACAUCACUAACUAAUAUGUUACAUCCAGUUUGUUUAAUCUGAAGCUGAAGUGUAAAAAAAAAGGACAUCCUGUGGUUUAAAAAGGGUUAUGUGCCAGACUAACUGUGAAAUAACUUCACACUAGGUUGCCAGGCAACAAACUGCUGAACUAUUUCUCUGAAAGAAUAAAUAAAUUGUGCAAAAAAUAAAUCUGUUUAAAUGUAGCUGUGGUUAGGAAGGGCCUUGAUCAUGCUGGAAGUGGACAAGGUGACUUAUUUAAUCAGAAAUGUAUUUGAUGUAUUUAUCAGUUUGAGGUUAACACAUAAAAUAUGUGCAACCAUACAAUAUCCUACUAAGUGGACCAAAUAUCAGUUCUCACCAUGUUGUUUUUGCACAGAUUUUGUAUAGGAUGUUAUACUUGAUUAUAAUUGACCUUGAGACAAAAAAAAGUGCCGUGAAAAUAGGGUGUAACAGAAAUUAAAAAGACAGAUUUUAAGACACUGCCACAAGAAACUAGGCUUGAUUAGAUCACUCACUGUACUCAAGCUCUAGCUGGAAAAAGGAAACAUUACAACCAGCUGGAAAAAUCUAUCUGGGUUACAUGACUCAAACAUAAAAAUAAAUCCCUAAGUCUAACAAAUAGGCCAAAUCUUCUAAGGGUGUCUCCAAGCCUGUUGGCUGAUUUCUUUUUUAAGGUGAGAUGUUAGCAGCUGCAGCCACUGUUAUUUUCAAUUUGUCAUUUAAAGUGCUGCUUCCCCUUCCAUUAAUUAAAGAUGGAGUAUGAGCCUUUCAUAGCCUUGCAGUCGGUCUGAAAGUCGACCUUUGAACCUCAUUUUGAUUUGGUUUUGAGACUUUAAAAAAUGUAACCUGUGACAGGACACUGACGGCAAUCAUAGGCACUUUUACUAAAGUGGGUAAAACAGCAUAAAAAGUAACAAAUUCUCACAGUGAAAGUAGGUUGUGGUGGUGUAACAUUGGACUUUCUGUGAGUGAACUGCGCAUUUCAAGUGCAUGCAUAUGUCUGAGAUUGGAAGGGGCUUAGAAAAGAGAAGGUUAGUUUGUUUGCUUGUUUCUGCCCUUUCCAGAUACCAGCCUACUGCAGCUUUAAGUGAAUUAAGAUGAUCAGCUUAUAAUAAAAAUAAGAAGCAUUUGGUAUAAGUGUAAACUCUCAAAAUCUGUGUGCAGACCCAACUGAAGCACAAACAGUUGAUGAGUGGCUCAGACAGCACCACACUAACAAAGAUAGAUUGUGCGGACAUUUGUGAAUAGAGAACAAGCAAAAAAAAAUUCUAUUUUAAAGCAUAAUAAGAGGAAGAGGUGCACAUGACAAUCUGGUGAGAGACAUUGGCUUACAGAGUGUAUACCAGAGACACAUUUUAGUGCCAGAGUUACACACAGUUUGGGUACACUUUGUUACCUGCCUGCAUGUAGAUUCAAGGUGCAAAGGGGAACCCUAAUACUACAGCUCCUAAAUCAAAAGCCAGAUAGAACAACUAAGCCAGCUGAGUGUGAGAUAAGAGGGAGUAUAAGAGGAAUAUUCUUGCUUCAUGCUGUGGAACCUCCUGCUCCUUCGAGGGCCACAUGGCUGGAAACCUGAGAACAGAUUGGAGUCAUGGAACAGGAUUUAAGAAGUCUUCAGAGCAUUAAAAUGCGUCACCUAUACACCCACACCUGAACACAUGCGCGCACACAGACACACUCACAUCCACAGAAUAUAUUACAGGGUGGACUCUGCUUUUUCUUGUGCUCCCACAGUGCCAAGCGGCAGGUGUCAUCGCAGCAGAGAGACAAAGAGUCAGUACUGUUACUGCGCCUGUUGUACAUGAAAGACUGUGAAACUCCAGACCUUGGCCCCUUUGUAGCGAUAACUGAUAUUAUGCUUUUUAUAUAUAUAAAUAUACAUAGCCUUUCUCUCUUUAUCUAUUUCUUUUCAUCCUUUCUUCUUCUACACUUCUUUUCACCCUUUACUUCCUUUUUGCUCCCUCCAAGUCUGAAUGGAAGACCUUCAGAGCAGAAAUAUCAGAGAGGAACAAAAACACGUGGCUGUGAUUAAUCUUUUCUCUAACUCUGCCGUACAGUUAUGAUGAGACAGUGAGUAAUAAUAGUAAUUCACCUCCACCUUGAAAGACAAGAUUGGUUUCCCAAUGUGCAUUGUUCUAGCAGAAAAUAUAAGUGAUUGAUUGAUUAAAAAAAUGGAAUUCAGUUUGUGAGUCCUCCUGAACAUUGCGCACAUUUCACUGUCUACAAAAUUGUGUACAUCUAUGUGUGUGUGAAUCCAACUUUGCUAUAUGAUUAUUGUCUCUGAAAGAAAUCAUAACUCAAACAACCAUACCAAACAAAGUCAGUCAUAUAUAAAUGGGAUUUACAAUCCCAUAAACCUAUUUGGGUCCAAAUAGAAUCCUGUGAAGCUUUUGUCUUUGUUUUCUCUCCUUCCUCAUUGCAUUUACUUUCUCCUUUUUCUGACAGAUGGUGGUUUUGUUUGUGACAGAGUUGAGAAGCAGGUCAAUGUUUGCUGGAUGUACAUUAUCAGACCCAAUUGACUUAAUCCAGCAAAGCGGAAAUGUGGAAAUGAACCCUCCUUGCCAUCUCCUUUGCCUGCCCCAUUCUUAAAGCCCAUUCAGCUCUGCAAAAGCAGCCACUGGAAUGAUUGGUAAACAGACAGGACAGUGGAAACAUUUGGUAAACAAGACCAAAUAUACAGGAAAAAAUCCUUCAUCACUCACCAUAACAGUCAAAAUAAACCGAUAGAAAGCGAGGGAUUGGCUGCACUGGCUAGGUCACGGUUGAUAGGGUCAGGGGCACAGAUGAGUGGGUUCUGGAGGCAGUCGUGUCUGACAUUUUUCAUCAGACGAGUCAGUCGGACAAAAACACAGCGAAGACAAAAGGACACAGGUAGUGAGCAGGAUCCAAACAGCCAGGUCAGUUACAGAGCCACCAGGAACUGUAGAGUCACGAGUCUUUAUGUUCAUUAUUUAUUGAGAAGAUAAUCUGGGAGGCUCUUGUUUUGCUGCAAACAAUUUAGCACGUAAAUGUAGUGUUUGAACUCAGUGGCUCAACAUUCUGUAAUAUUAAAGACAGCACUUAAAACUGCAACAUUUAUGGUUAUUGGUUGAUUCACUCAUGAGGCCAAAUUACUGCAUCCAUAUUUUUCAUGCUAUUUUCAAGUUUUGGAAACUUUGGCGUGUGAAUUUCCACUGCCAACAGCAAUUUCUUACUGUCUAAAAUAGAGGAAACUAUUGUUGCUUGUUAAGUGUGAUUUACCGUUCACUCUUCUGAUGGAGUCUUACCUGCUCCACAACAGAUGAAAGGUUUAAGGCAGGAGUUGAUCCCUUUAGCGAUCAAGCGUACUUACAAGCUUUUUGCUGCUUCAAUAACUCUUAGCUGAACUGAUGUACAAUCCUGAAAACAAAAUGCCAAAGGGGAGCAAACAGUCCAGUGAGGAGAGAGUAGUUAGAAACUUGAGAGCUGUUGUGACUUUUUGUUCCAACCAUGUUCUUGACUGGCUAUGUAUGCUAACUAGUCUAAACUCCUAGAAUUGCAUAUCUCAGAAAGAUAACCACCUGAUUUUUGUGCUGCCACCUUACAAUGUGCCCAAGCCUUUUGUCAGUCACACCUCGCAGUAUAAUGCCAGUAAUCACCUUCACCUUUUAAACUUCUUACUGCCAAACACCUCCCAUGACACUGCCAAAUGAGGUCCAGCCUUAAGGACGAACACUCAGUGUGACCUUGUUGCUCUCAACCACCAAAGUCCUGAUUGCCCUGUAGGUCCACUGCCUGCCACAGUUUAAAGGUUGUUCUCUUAGUAUUUUUUCCCCUCCUUCCUGGCUGAAUGGAAGUCAAAUGAAGAGUGGAGGUGCAAUUGACCUAAUUAUAGUAAUCAGACCCGAAGUAGAGGGUGCAGCGGUUCACUGGUACAUUGAUCAGCAACACCAGCCGGAACAGGAAUCAGGCCAGUCGAGCAUGCAGCCUGUGAGUUAGUGCUUGCAAUGAAUAUGCUUUAGCCUUGAGGUAAUAAGUAAAUUUAUGUUAUAUGUAGAUGUAAUGCUUUGACAAGUUUUACACCCAUAGUUUCUGUAUUAAUGAAGAAGUGGAGCCACUAUAGACAAAUGAAGUACGUUUUGUAAUAAGCAACAAGCAAAAAAUGUAAAAUUCCAUCAUCGUUAUCUCUUGGGUGUACUUGUGUCACAGAUUAGGUAGUUUGGUGGUACAACCUUGUUUGCUGGAGCUUUGCACAGUACGACUUCAGAAUUACAAGUACUAAUUAAAAUCAAAAUAAAUUUCUACCAAAACAGGCAUUUUGGCACCAUUUCAGAAAUAUUUCCUGUGCAUACCGAGUGACAGUUGUAAGGAAUCACUGCAAGCCCUAUUUGCAUGGCACUGCGAUUACCUGGGGACUUCUAGCAGUUUGUCAUCAUUGUGGAGAUUCAGCGUGCAUCUGCCAUGUCUGUCAUUUUCAAAAUAACAAUUCCACUGCACAUUACCUUCCAAAUUUUAAUCAAAAACAAAGGUACUGUAAUAACUGUCCAACAUGAAUUGCUGUGAUUCAAGGUCAUUUUAAAAUAUAUUGGGGAGGUUUUUUUUGUUUUCUCCCCACCUGUCUUUGUCUCUCAAGAAAUAUGGAGGUGUCUUUGGCAAAAACAAACGAAAGCUUGGCUAGCAUACUGUGUGCAAAUUUCGGAGGCUCAUGUUACUAUGCAGCAUGAAGGCUCAACUGCAGAGAGAGCAAUUCCAAAUCCAACAGAAGAGUGAACUCUCAUUGCUUGUCCUAAUGAAUGCACCACACGACACACAUACAUGGGGUCCCCAUGUAGUACUAGUUCUGUAUGAAGGGCCUUAAGAUCUCAAAAAUCCUCAACUGCAUAUUAGCUGCUAGUAGACAACAAAUUCAGCAUGCCUCUAAUUCAUUAUCCAUGCUGAAUUAACCACUAGCAGUCAAGGCUGAUAUCUUUUUUCUAGAAACCGGUCACGUGAUAAGAGCAUAAGAAAUCAUGGGAAGGACAUGUAGUUUUCUAAUUAAUACAGGGUCAACAAUGUUUGAAAAAGUCUCAGUUUUAGGGGUUGUAAACUGCUGAGUAGAGUGGAUGCUAGAUGUAAAUGUUACACAAAUUAUGCGCUUUAAAACAAGAGUGGCUACUGCAACAGCAAUGAUCCCUCACUGGCUUCCCACCUGCAGAACACUGCCAAUUCUUCUCUUCCUUAAACCAGGUCUCUGCGACAGAUCUCUUUAGUCCUGCACUCCUCUCACUGCCAAGAGCCACCAGUGUUCCAUUGUUGUUGUAUGGCACCAACGCUGCAUGAAGCUAAUUUAUCGAUCCGCCCACAGCCAUCAACAGGCACAGUGAUCACAUUAGGACAAUCUGAACUAAAGGCAUUGAGCUGAUGUUGAGCUGGUUGGUAGGACUGUGUUUCAUGUGUCACAUUAAUAAGGGCACAAAAGAAAUGCAACCAGCGAGUGUGGCAGAUGAGCGAGACAAAUUCACCCACCUUCCCACUCACAAAAUACACAGACAAGUGUUAAUACUUACUAAACUAAUCAUAAAAAAGCCUGUGCUCCCACCAGCCCACAGACAAUUCAUAGAGAGACAGAAGCAACAGAGGUGAUAGAGAGAGUUAGUUAGAUGAGAUGCGAAUGGGAUAUGAAAUGGGGAUUGUGGCCUAAUAAUUUCCUCUCUCAUGGUUUGGCCCAUUAAUACAAUAAUCCAACCCGACUGGAGAAGUUGGCCUGAAACCAAGCUGUCUUUUUCAGCAGAGCAGCCAGCCGAUGCCAGAGAACCGCACAGUGGAAUAUCUCAAGGGAAUAUUCAAUAGGAGACAGAACAGGAACUGUACUGGGACCAGUGGCCAGGAGGCUUUAUGAGUUCUCAUUGUGGUCUUUCAUCACCAAACCCAGAGAAACAUGAGGAGGAGCUUUAGUGCUGCAACAGGGAUUCCACAGUCCACAGUGGCACACAAUACAGAAGUUAAUGUCAAUAGUUGACAGGCAGGAAGCUUUGAAUUACUGAUACUGCAAAAAAUGUUGGCGGUGCAGUUGCACGAAUGCUAACAGUUCCAUUUGGAAAGCUGUGAAUCAGAGACGACUGUUGGCUCACACACACAUCCACGCACACAAAAACUCCUUUGUCUAGUUAUUUCAUGUUGCAAAAAUGUUGUGAACUCUAUCAGAUCAUCUAUUGCUCAGUAGAAACUCAAAUUAAUCACAGAUUCCUCCAAACAGAUUGGCUAUUUCUAACAUGCUCUGGAACUUUUUGUCUGCUCCUGUUGUACUUUUUUUCUUUCUUUUACACUCUCUGUCCUAUUUAAGCUGAAGAUGUGAAGCAUGGAUUGUCCUCGAUGUCAGUCUGAAUCAGGAAAAUGCUGUUGUCUGUAAAUAUUCAUUUCAUGGUGGGGAAGUAGUUAAGAAAGUUUCCCUUAAUUAGUACAGAUCAAAUGCAGUAUACUCUUUUCAUUGAAGAAAAGACAGAGCGGCGUUGUCAUGAUUGGAAGAUGGGAUACAGUUGAUCGGAAUAACACUAAAGGGCUCAAACACAAGCAACAUUUCUCGCAGAUUUUCCUCCACUUGUUUCUUUUCUGUCCUUUACUGUUGCCUGGACUUGAUAGCAUUGUAAACAUUACAGCCACCGAGGAGCAGUGCGAUAAAAAGAAAAAUCCAUAUAUCACUAUAUUAUCAAAGGGGUUCCCAUCACCUAUGUUUACGACUUUGUAUAGCAUCAAUCUUUAUGCGCAAUGUUUGCACCAAUCCGGAGCCGCCUACUUAUGCACACUGAGAUGAAGGAGAUGCUGUGUUUGUUGUCCAGUGACGCUAAACAUCUGUUGUUGCAGGGUUUGCUCCAGUGGUGUGCUUUAUAUGUUUGGUUUUUUAUCAUGAGCCCAUAUUAAAUAUACUUACCGGACGGAUUUCAAUGACAGUGGAUGUGAAAAAUACUCUGGUUUAUGACCUCUGCUAUGGUCCAGAGCCAAGGGAUUUUCCAUUACUUUUGAAGAAUCAAUAAGCUAUUUGCGAUAUAACUACUAUCCAUUAGCGAGCAUAUCCUUUUAUAGAAUAACUCAUUGAUUAACUCAUUUUGGUGUUAAUCAUGCAUUACAUGCAAAGUUAUAUGAGAUCCAGUUUUCUAUUUUUGAUGUCCAGACCAGUUUGUGGUAUUUAUGCAUAUGUGUAUAUGGAUACAUAUGGCCCCAACACUGCAUUUAUGCGUGACUAGUAAGGCAUAUUUUUUAUGGUAGAACCCAUCUCCCACUAUUAUUUGCACAGUAGCUUAUAAUAUGCACCGUGAUGCCCCAUCGUCCUUUUACUGUUUACUGACUUUAUAAUUUGUGACAUUAAGUUAUGAAAAAGCUGUAUUUUGGUACUAUUCAGAUAUUGUUAAAAAAAAAUAAAGAAAUAUAGGAGACGUUUUGUCCAAGAAAUAUAUUACCAUAGUGUUGCUAUGACUGUCUGUUUUCUUUAUUUUGGGGAGGGAUGAUAGGGAUAUUUUUGUUCUUCUUUUGUUGUUGAUUUGCCAUCUGACAGUAUAUCACCAUUGUUCUAUAUACGACUUUCUUACGUGGCAAUAAAAGAUGACUUCUGUAAAA